GUAUAUUACCACGUCACCAACAUUUUGGGCUUGAGCUUGAUCGCUCAAAACUCAAAGUGACUCUCACUUGGAAGUACGAGUAAAUUCAGUGUUGUAACAUUUACACCAUUUUUUGAGUAAAUUUCCGUACCCCCGUGCGUCAUUGAUGAACGACAAUAAUAUGAAAUCAGUGCGUAGUUGCUGAUUGUCAAGGAGGUUAUUUCUUUGAGCUGAUAAUAAAUUCGUCGUCUCAUUGUUAUGAGAUUAAUGUGUUGCUGUGACCGUAGAUUUUAUUCAUUGCCGGAUGGAUUCGUUUAAUCUCUGGGUAAAUACCCAGGAAUAAGUUUACUGCGCUGUAGCGUACCUGAACAUCGCGUUUAGAUCACACACAUUGAUCCUAUUAGAAGUAAAUUUACUACUGUGUAAUGUCAUCAGCGAGAAUUAUUUUCCAAUGUCAGGGCUGAUUAGGAAUUACAAUAGCAAUUAACCUUUAACAUUUAAGUACGUGGGAAAAACUUGUUAUUGGGAUAACUGACAGAAUUUAGAAUAUUGAGACUGUAUUGGAGUGGGGUGUUAGGUUCACAAUAAUUACAUAACUGUACGAAAUUUAUAAAUAAACUUCCCACGGCUGUUGACUUUUAAAUUUAAGUGCACAUCGAAAUGUCAACUUUAAAAAAAAUUCCAUCGUUCACUGAAUUAAACGAAAUAUCUUCGGAGUUGAACGGAAGCAAAGUAAUCUUCGCCACGGACGAUUGGUUUGCACCUGCCGAAAACCUUUUAAAGCAAGAGGAACCGGUUUUCAAACCAAAUGUCUUUACGGACUGCGGAAAGUGGAUGGACGGUUGGGAGACGAGGCGUAAAAGAGUACCUGGUCACGAUUGGUGUAUAAUUAAACUGGGAUUAUCUGGACUUAUACGAGGAAUUCAUGUUGAUACGGCGUUUUUUACUGGAAACUAUGCACCUAGAUUUUCCUUACAGGCGGUGAAUUUGCAAAACGAACCCCCUCUGCCAAUGCGUGAUGAGGAUAUGAUGGGACAAGCCGCCUCGUUACAAAUGUGGGAAUCGAUUAGCAGCUUAAACUCUGAUAAAUGGCCGACUAUUCUACCAAUGACGGAAUUACGUCCAGGAUAUGAGGAAACCCGGCACAAUUUCUUUCCCAUAAAUUUUGAUCAAGUAUGUACUCAUAUCCGAUUAAAUAUGUACCCAGACGGAGGAAUUGCCCGAUUGCGCAUAUACGGUGAAGCAAUUUGCAAAGUUAAUGCGAAUGAGAUUAUUGACCUCAUAUCCAUUAAAAAUGGCGGGGUUUGCAAAGGUUACUCGAAUGCCCAUUACGGACAUCCCAGAAAUAUUAUUCGUCCCGACCAAGCGAUGAGUAUGGCAGACGGAUGGGAGACUGCACGACGGCUAGAUCGUCCACCUAUUUUAGAGACAGACCAGUUUGGGAUUUUAAAAGUAACCGGUAAUGAGUGGGCCGUAUUCAAAUUAAGCUCCGCCGGGUACAUCUCACAUCUGGAAGUGGAUACAAAGUAUUUUAAAGGAAAUUUUCCUGCCUCCGUUCGAAUCGAAGGGGUACUAAUUCGAGAUGACGUUCUUUCGAGUAAGGAUAACAUCAAUAAAAUCCAAUGGGAGACCGUUCUUGGAGCAGAAAAGCUAUCGCCUGACAGUCUUCAUUGGUACGAGAAGGAAAUCAAAGGAAGAGGCCCAUUUUCGCAUGUUAAAAUUACAAUUGCUCCCGAUGGAGGAAUUAGCAGAGUACGAAUUUAUGGAAAAAUCCACACUUUAUGAAUAUUAACAAAAAGUUACUCAACAUGUUAUUUGCUGCGAUAAGACGGAGGAAAGUUUCUUUCCAAAUUGAACAUCACUAAACAGACCAGAAAUCUCGGAUAAUUUGUUUAUUAUAACGCACCACGCAACACUUUUGAUAUGCGAAUGAUUAAUAAUUGUUAAGAACAGAUUAUACGUCAAUUAAUUGAUCUCAAAAAUUGUGGUAUUUUCGCCCUUGCACAAUGGGUCAAUACCAAACAGAUAACAAACUUGUGAGUUCAAUAAUGUAGCAGGUUAGUCUUUAUCUCAGCAAACAGGAUUACUCGUUUUUCUAAAAGAAACUGUAGAAAGCGCUACAAAACAACAUAAGUACAUGUGCUAUAAACAUAAAAAUAAUAAAAAAUACAAUACCUACAUGCA